AUGAUUGAAGCUUCAUUAGAUUUAGCCAGCGCCAGCAAGGCUCUUUGUCGGUCUCUCCUGGAGAAAACGCAGCCAGUCCCCGGCGAUACACUCUUCCGCAAUGAUAUCUUUAAAACGAUAUGCGAGAAUAUACAUAAUAAAAAUGAGGCGCGAGUUAUUUUAGACAUCCACCGGCUUAUUGUUCCUUCAGCUGAAAUUCUUGCAGCAUUUGGUGCAAAACACCUUAACAUCCUAACAGAGAGCGUUAACGAAGGGUGGAAUAGCUCGAUCUCUUUCACUAACACCCGUCCACAGCCUGAUUAUUCCGUUGGGUUUAAACGAAAUGCAUUUACUAAAGACCAGCUCGCUAAGCUAUCGCCAUUCAUUAGCAAUUUUAUCGCUGGAGAUCAGUCUUUCUUCAUGGCUACAUACUUAAUAACUGGGGAAGACAUCAGCUACUACCGGCAUCUCAUAUGUGUUUUUAGCUUUAUCGAGCUUGACGGAAAGGACAAAUGGACGGCAUAUCAGUUUACAAGGAACCUCUACGACAUAUGGGUGCCUAAACAUUUCGAGAACAUCUGCUCUGCCAUCGAUCAGUUGCCGUCAAAUUUGGACUUUGAUGUCCCCACCACUUUCUGA